AUGAUAACAUGCCCUCUCCCUUUGAAAGAGAGCAAACUUGUGGUUUUGGCUUUAUGGAAGAGUCUUAUUGCGGUUCACGGUGUCCCAUAUAGGUUACACAGUGAUCGUGGAGAGAAGGUUUAUGUGCUGAAGAAGAUUGGGAAUUGGCUUUGA